AUGGCCGACAACUCUUCGAGAAGAUCGCGCUCGCGAUCCCCGCCUCGGCGCGCGCCUCGAGGCAGCAAGGGCUUCCGGUGGAAGGACAGCGCCCGCGGCAAAGAAGACAGUCACGGCCGCGAUCGGCAGCGCCCGCGAGACCGCGACCGCGAACGGGAUCGGGAUGGGGAACGGGACCGCGGCACAGACAGGGAAGGCCGCCUACGCUCUCCACGGCCUCACGACUCGGGAUCCAAGGACAAGGGCAAAAGGGAGAAGAAGGCGGCGGUGGCCCCGGCGGCGGCAGGCCAAGAGAUGAUUAUUGUCCAUGUCAACGAUCGCCUGGGAACAAAGUCGGCCAUCCCAUGCCUGCCGUCUGAUACCAUCGGCCAGCUGAAGCUCAUGGUUGCGGCGCGCAUCGGGCGAGAGUCGAGCCAGAUUAUGCUGCGUCGCCAGGGCGAGCGGCCGUUCAAGGACCAGCUGAGCUUGGAGGACUACGGAAUCUCGAACGGAGUGCAGCUCGACCUGGAGCUUGAUACCGGCGACUGA